AUGAAAGAUGAUGCCACCCACCACAUCAUUUUGGACGAGCUAGAAGGCCUGGCAGGAUUAGCUACUGGGAGGCAGAUACCCACUCACACGGUGGGAUUAGGGCCGCAGCACCGGCAGCGGGCACUGGGAACCGGAGUGGAGUGGACACCCACGGCUAGGAUCCUCUCCCCGGAUCGAGUCCACUGUGGCAUUAUUUUUCUCUCGAAAGGGGGCUGUGCAAAGAACGAAGAGGAGGAAGCCACUGGCUUGGAGGAUGAUCUGGGUUCGUCUCGUGGCAGCGGCGUGUGUAAAUGGUUCAACGUCCGGAUGGGUUUCGGGUUCCUGUCCAUGACCAACAUAGAUGGGACACCGCUCGAGGAGACUCUCGAUGUUUUCGUUCAUCAGAGCAAGCUGCACAUGGAGGGCUUCCGUAGCCUGAAGGAGGGCGAGGCGGUGGAGUUUACCUUCAAGAAGUCGUCUAAAGGCCUAGAGUCUGUCACGGUGACGGGGCCAGGGGGAGCACAGUGUGUGGGCAGUGAGAAGAGGCCUAAGGGGCAACAGAAACGACGCUCCAAGGGGGACAGAUGCUACAACUGUGGAGGACCUGACCACCAUGCCAAAGAAUGCCAGCUACCUCCUCAGCCCAAGAAGUGCCAUUUUUGCCAGAGCAUCAGUCACAUGGUGGCCAACUGUCCAAUCAAAGCACAGCAGUCCUCCCCUGGCGCUCAGGGAACAGCAUUGUCACUGAGGGACGAGGAAGAGGAGCAGAGCCAUGCCCCCUUUCCCCCCAGGGAGAGCUAUGAUUGAUCGAUUCAGGUAUUCAGCCAAUCAAAAGGUUUCAUUGGAGUGCUGCUUUUGGAACUACAUCAGGUUGUCUUUAUUUAUCGCACAAACAGCAAG